GUGGCGUUAACAAGCUGUACCAGCUGGACGAGGAUCUAUCCGUGCUACACAGUGUUGACACGGGCCCGCACAACGACAGCGUGUACUGCCCCCUGGAGGGGUCGUGCAUCAACAGCGCCGAACGCGUGCCCACCGACGACCACAACAAAGUGCUCGUCAUCAACUACGCAGCCGGUGAGUUGAUAGUAUGUGGCAGCAUCUACCAGGGACGCUGCGACCGCCACCAUCUCAGUGACAUCACGAAAACCGUCGCUCCGAACGAGCUGACCACUGUCCACCCGGUCGCCACGAACAAUGCCACCGCGUCGACGGUAGCGUUCAUCGCUCCCGGCGUCCCGGACCCCGCGCGCAUCAACGUGCUCUACGUCGCAACGACGCUCACCAGGGGGCUCUACCGUCACCGCGUUCCCUCGGUCGCGAGCCGGAGUCUCCAGGCGGGGAAGAUGUUCGAUCUCGCUGUUCGCGGAAUCAGCAAGAGUUCCUCGGUGGUCAUCUUGGAUGAGUAUCGGGAUGUGUUCGGCGUGGAGUACCGCGCGGGGUUUCACCACGAGGGCUUCAGUUACCUCGUGCAGACCCAGCCGCGCUCCGUCGCGCGCGAACACCUGGAACAAGCGCGCGCCACUCGCAUAUCGCGCGUCUGCGACCACGACGACAACUUCGAUUCCUACACGGAGGUGGCGCUAGAGUGCCGCGCGCGCGGCGACGGUGGCGCCGUCUACGACAUCGCCCAGGCGGCCGUGCUCGUGUCGCCGGGGCGCCACCUAGCGGACAGCUUCGGGAUUUCGCCGUCGAAGAAAGUGCUGGCGGUUGUUUUCGCGGCGGCGGCGGGGGCGGGGGACGCCAGGGGGCGCCGCGGGUCCGCGCUGUGCGUCUACACGAUGGCGCUGGUGUCGCGGAUGUUUCGGGAGAACGUGCAGAUGUGCUAUAACGGCUCGGUGCCCGACCGCGGGCUCGGAUACAUCAACCGCUUCGACAAGGGAUGCCCCACCGGAUCGCUCGUUGUGUCGCGGGCCAGCCAGUGUCCUCGCUUCCUCCUCCCCGAUCGCCAUGGCAACGACGACUCCGACGCCGACCCCGCAUCCUCCGGGAUUCUGCUGCCGAGCGGACAGUCGAAGACGAUCAGUCUCCUAGCAACCAAUCUCCCGCAGCCUCGCCACGGCGACGAGGGUUACCGCUGUCUGCUGCGCGUUGCCGGGGAGAUGGCGCCACAGUCUAGCAGCGCGGAGGUGCGGCGGCAGCCGGGCGAGGCCAACCAGACGGUCACAUGUGCAGCGACAACGUACGGCUACAAGGAGAGCAGGGGCGAGGUGACGGCGUCGCUCUCCGUCGUCUGGAACGACGACCACCUCGUUGACAUGGCAACGGUGACUCUGUAUAAGUGCGCGGAGCUGGGAAGAGACUGCAGCCGCUGCCUGACGCGUGCGAGGAGGUACCGGUGCGCGUGGUGCGGGGGAGCGUGUACGUACGCCGCUGCCUGCCGCGACCAGCCACACGAUACCUGCCCUCCUCCACACAUCACAGACUUCUCUCCAAAGUCGGGCCCGAUCGAGGGAGGAACCCUCGUCACCAUCUGGGGAACAAACCUCCUCCGUUCUCCCUCCGACGUCGCCAACGGCACCUCCGUCGCCGGCGUCCUCUGCCGAGUCAGCGAGCGCGACUACGAUAUCUCAACACGCCUCGUCUGCGCGACCGGCUACAGUGGCGCCCCUCGCGCCGGCCCCAUCGUUCCGCUGAUCGGGCCGCGAUCCGGGGGAACGCAACUCAACGUUACAGGAAGGAAUCUGGAUGUCGGAGGAGAGAUCCAGGCUUUUAUAGAUGAUCUUCCCUGCAAGGUGGAGAGGUGA